CAGUUUAAUGCGCGCUCUGAAUCACUGGUUUGAAAAACAUGAUUCGCAAAGGUUUCGAAGGUUUCACUUGAAAUCUUUCUGUUUGAAUUUUAAAUUACAUAAAAUAACUGUGGUCAAUAACUAUAGUAUUUUGGCGUGAACUAGUUAUCAUGGUAAAGUUUUUGUUAAGGGAUGGGAUGGGCCAACUUUGAUAUUCUGGAACUCAACUGAGCCUGGAUUUUUAUCAUGAAGACGAGAACAGAAAAAAGGUCAAAAUGAACGAGUCUAUCACCAACUUCACUUUCUUGCUGACUCUGCUCUACGUCAACACAACUUAUAUGAAAGUCACCUCUUAUGAAAAUAACACAUUUGUGCAGUUCACCUAUGGUCUGUCCACCAUGUCCACACUUACGCAAGGUAAACUUACACAAACUACCUCUUCUACUACUACUACAAAUACAACAACAGCUGCACCCAACAUCCUAGCAUCCAUAAACCUGCCUUACAUGAUAGCCGAGCUUGUCAUUGCCUUGCUCUCCACAGUGGGCAACCUGCUGGUUUGUGUUGCGGUGGGACUAAACAGAAAGCUCCAAACAGUUACUAAUUACUUUCUGGUUUCGCUGGCAGUGGCGGAUAUAUGCGUGGGUUCCCUGGCGAUCCCCUGCGCCAUUAUGACGGACCUGGGAAUUCCACGGCACAAUCUGCAUCUGUGUUUGUUAAUCUUAUCUGUGCUCAUCAUGUUAACCCAGAAUUCCAUCUUCAGCUUGCUGGCAGUCGCUGUGGAGCGUUACGUAGCCAUUUUCAUGCCCUUCCAGUACCACCGGCUCAUGACACCUUGCAACGCAGUGCUGGUCUUGUGCGUCACUUGGACACUGGCCUUCCUGAUCGGUCUGGUGCCGUUGAUGGGAUGGCACAAGCCUCCACCUGAGACGGGCUACUGUAUCUUCCUGUUGGUGGUGGAUAUGACCUACAUGGUCUACUUCAACUUCUUCGUCUGCGUCCUGACCCCACUGGUGGUGAUGUUCCUUAUUUACGUGCAGAUCUUCGUCACGGUCAAACGUCAGUUGAGGAGGAUUGCAGCAGAGCGGGGUGGCGCGACCAACACAGAGGGAACGGCGAAGAUGAAGAAAGAGAUGAAAAUGGCCACGUCGCUCUUUCUGGUCCUCUUCCUUUUCACGGUCUGCUGGAUUCCGCUACAUAUCAUAAACUGCUUCCUGCUGCUGUGCCCAUCAUGUCCCGUUCCCCUACCGCUGCUACUAACGGCCAUUAUUCUCUCCCACGCAAACUCGGCUGUUAACCCUUUCCUCUACGCCUACAGGAUGAAAACCUUCAGAAAAGCCUUCAAGGCUAUCUUUCUAUGUGGCAGGGGCAUCAGUGAUGGUGAUGAGCAGCAUGAUAACAGGGGAUGCAACAACACACAAAGACCCUGAACGUUAAACACUUAGUCUAGUCCUAAAGUAAAGACUGAAAAGUUCCUUCAAUCAAAACAAUGGGAGUAAAAACUAAAUUCUAAGGUGAUUGAAUGUGUAAAAUCAGACCUGUAUUUUGUCACUCUUGUCUAUAUAUUUCUAAGAAACAUUCUUUAAUUUGAGAGAGAAAAUACAAUUUUUUACUUACGAGUAGGGCUGCAUGAUUGGGGGGUCAAAUUGAGAUUUUUAAGAUAAAAAUUGUGAUUGCGAUUUAAAAUGCCAUUUAAAUAAAAAAGGUCAGGGUUUGCUGUGCUUGUUUGUAGAGCUGCACAAUUUGGACAAACAUUUUGUGAUUUUAUAUCAAUAUAACUAUAAAAUAAUAAUUAUUAUUGUAAUUAUGAUUAUAAAUAUUUACUAAAUAAAAAAUAUUAAACAAAAUAAGAAUUUUAAAAUAUUAAAGAUCAAACUUUUAUUUUGGCAAAAAAAUGCAGAGAGCCCUUAAAGUCUUUUUUGUUGUCAACAGGCAGUUUAUAAGUGCUUCUUGCUACAUAUUUGGGAAGAUGGUUGGCACAUGUUAUGUUCAAUGCAAAUUAUAAGCAACCUAAACUCACAGCACAGAGGCGAGUUUGCGUGGGGUAGCAUUUACUGAUAACUGAGGUGCUCUGAGACACUGAAAACACGUGAAAAAGAAAACAGUGACACACUUCACUCUGAAACAUGCAUCGCAUAUAUGCAUUUAAUUAAACUGCAGCAACUGUGAUUUGAUAAUAGCACUAAUCCAUAUUGUGAUUUCGGUUUUAUUCCGAUGAAUCGUGCAGCCCUUCUAAAGACCACAGACAGCGAUACUUUGCUCCUGUUAUGACAGAUCCACACAAAAUCUUUUAAGCUGAAAUGGCUACACCAACCUUUCUAGUUUACGUAAACAGGUAUGUAGCAUUUUUUGUGAAGCUAAAUAAAGCAAAAAGCAUCCUAAAACAGUGCUCAUACAGUUUGAGGCAACAUGACAGCAAAAAGAAACCGAACACUCACCCAUCAUUCUUCACUGCAGGAAGUCUUUUCUUCAGCUCCACCUUGUCUUCAUCUCGUAGAGCUCCAAAACCUCUGGGCGGCACUGUACUCUGGUUUAAACACUAGUUCCUCACGACAGCUCACAAAGCAGCCAGCGAUCUAUCAGACCAAGCCGAGGUUUCUCUGGGUCCACUGUUUUCUUUCAGUUUGUGUACAGAAGCACCCGUGUAGAAUACCAGCCCAAACGAAUCUAGUCUACAUUCCUCUAGAGUAGACAAUAUGUGCAGACAGAGUUAAUUGAACUCGAUCUACCUUUCCGACAACAGUGUAUUUUUUGUGACGUUUUAAACAUUAUGACAUUUGUACGUCCACAGUGGUAAGAAGCAGUGGUGGUAUGUUGUUAAUGAUAACUUUCAUUCCUUAUAACUUGAUAACCUGUUCAUUACUAGAUGUAGUGAUGGGAGAAAUGUUGAGUUAUGCAUAUAACUACUGUUCCCAGAAGGAGGGAAACGAGGUACAACACAUG